AUGUUAACUCGUGUCGCUGAUAACCCAGGAUAUCAGCAGAUCUUGCGAGACGAGAUUGAAACAUCAUUCAAGCUUACGGGCUCGUGGAAGGUCGGUUUUCUAGCCCACACCCCCCGGCUAGAAAGUUUUACACGCGAGAUAUUUCGUCUUUAUUCGAGUGAGCUUUACACAACAAGACGCGAGGUUCUGAAACCAGUCUAUAUCAAAUCUCUGGGUAUAACACUCCAACCAGGAACGUGGCUCGGAACCCCAUGUAGAGCUGUUCACCUGGAUGACGAAUUCUAUCAGGAUGCAGCCACUUUCGAUCCAGAACGUUUCUACGAUCCUAUUAGCAAUAAGGUGACUAUGAAGGCCACUACUACGUCAAAUAUUUAUCUUCCCUUUGGCUCGGGAUCUGCUCUCUGUCCCGGUCGCUUUAUUGGCGUCCAGACACUUCAGUUUAUUCUAGCUUAUUUCAUCAUGAACUAUGAAUUACGAAGUCCCAAGGAGGGCCAAAAGGAUCUCAAGAACGAGAAAAUUGAAGCAGGACAGCUGACGGUGAAUACGGACGUCAAAAUUCAUAUUCGGAAACGGGCUUUGCAAUCAUAG